AGUCAACGUCGUCCAUUGAGCAGGGUGUGCGCUCAGUGUGCUUUUGGCAGUGGUCCGAUCGCGUAGGACCUUUAGCAGUUGAGAUUUCUCGUUCGUUUCUGUUCGCUACAGCCUGCAGCCAGUUAACAUGUCGCUUCGCAUUGUGUCGCAGUCCCUGUUCAACGCCUGGAGCCAGACCCUGGUGCGUGGCAUGUCCACGCAGGGUGGCUCCAAAAACAUCGGCUUCGUCGGCCUGGGCAACAUGGGCGGCCACAUGGCCAGCAACCUGAUCAAGGCCGGCCACAAGCUGCAUGUCUUCGAUAUCUCGAAGCCCGCCUGCGACAGCCUGAAGGCCAAGGGCGCCACGGUGUACUCCAAGACUGCGGAGCUGGCCCAAAACUCGGACUUCGUGAUCACCAUGCUGCCCAACAAUGACAUUGUGGACGCCUCGUACGAGGAGAUGACCGCCAAUGGCGUCAACAAGAACACCAUCUUUAUUGACUCCUCCACCAUUGAUCCCAAUCUGGUCAAGUCGCUGCAGAAGCGCAUCAGCGCCAAGGGCGCACGCUUCAUUGAUGCUCCCGUCUCUGGCGGCGUGCCCGGCGCCGAGCAGGCCACGUUGACCUUCAUGGUGGGCGGCACCGAGGCGGAGUACAAUGCGGUUAAGGCUGUGCUCGAGUGCAUGGGCAAACGCAUCACACACUGCGGCGACUAUGGCAUGGGCCAGGCCGCCAAGUUGGCCAACAACAUGAUGCUGGCCAUCUCCAUGAUUGGCGUCUCUGAGGCCAUGAAUCUGGCCAUGCGCCUGGGCCUGAAUCCCAAGACUUUCGCUGAGAUCAUCAACUCGUCCACCGGCCGCUGCUGGGCCUCCGAGGUGUACAAUCCCGUGCCCGGCGUCUCGCCGACCGCACCAGCCAACAACUCAUACAAGGGUGGCUUCUCCACAGAUCUGAUUACCAAGGAUUUGGGUCUAGCCUCGGGCGUGGCCACCGCCUCCAACACGCCCAUUCCCAUGGGCGCCCUGGCCCACCAGAUCUACCGCACGCUCAAGUCACAGGGACUGGGCAACAAGGACUUCUCCGUGGUCUACGACUUCAUGAAGAACGACAAAUACUAAGCAGCUGCCCGAGGAUAGCUCUUGACGGGCUUCCGCCCACCAGUUUUGCAUUUAUAGCGCACUAAGUUAAGCAGUCCAAUUGGGAUUCAAUGUGUUGGCGCCUUUUAGGGCUUCUCGAGUUCCAAUUUUGAUAUACAUAUAUAUAUAU